AUGGGCGCCCAAUUACGCUGGCAUGGAGAUGGAAGGCCAACCGGAUGGAGGCUUGAGCGUCGACGUUUCUACGAUGACAUGAGACGCGGACACUGUGGGAGCAGUAGAGUGCAAUUGACGGACUUUAUUGUCACAACGGGGGCACAGGAUGUGCUGGCAGCGACGACGGGUCUGCCACAAAACGGAUGCAUAAGCACGAAUCACUUUGGGCAGACUAAAUACCGUAACCAGUGUAGUCGCAAGUCCAUGCGCGGGAGCCGCCGUGCCGGUGGUGAGGUCCGAGAUAGGUUCAUUACUGGGGGCAAGACCACGGAAUGGAUGGUCCGUGGCCGCGUCCAACUAUCUGGGUUGAGGCCCUGCCGCACGGUCUGUGCCACAGAUGGCAAGGGCAGCACGCGAUCUGUUGUGGCACGCAGACUCGUCUCAGUGGAGUACGCGCACAAGAAAGCAGUGCUGGAUCGCAUAAGCUAG